UUAUUUCAUUCCUACAGAACUGGGACUGAGGCACGGAGUCCGCGAUAGAGCACCACCUGCACAAGAGAGUCGCACUCAUUUUCCAGGAACGCCUUCAAUAUGUUACGGAUGUGAGAGAACACUGUGUAAACGAGAACGUUUUCUUUUAUACAGUGGAUGAAGAUACGGUGUCGUGGAGAUGCAACAGUUUAAGAUUUCAUCGAUUUGUCUAAUUUCCCUUUUAUGUGGGUUGACUAUCGGAGCGUCUCCCAGUGUCCAAAUUGGGGGAUUGUUUCCGAGGGGAGCCGAUCAGGAGUACAGCGCUUUUCGGAUAGGAAUGUUUCAGUUCGGAACGGCUGAAUUUAGACUGACGCCUCACAUCGACAAUCUGGAAGUAGCUAACAGUUUCGCUGUAACUAACUGCUUCUGUUCUCAGUUCUCAAGGGGAGUCUAUGCUAUUUUUGGAUUUUAUGACAAGAAGUCAGUGAACACAAUAACAUCGUUCUGCGGGACACUUCACGUUUCCUUCAUCACACCCAGUUUUCCUCUGGAUGGAAAUCAGCAGUUUAUCAUUCAGAUGCGGCCGGACAUUAAAGGACCUCUGCUGAGUCUAAUUGAAUACUACAAAUGGGACAAGUUCGCCUAUCUUUAUGACAGCGACAGAGGACUCACCACUCUUCAAGUUGUGCUGGAUACAGCAGCAGAGAAGAAAUGGCAGGUGACUGCCAUCAAUGUGGGAAAUAUGAAGGACGAGAGAAAGGAUGAGGCAUAUCGCUCGCUCUUUCAAGACCUAGAAAACAAAAAGGAGCGGAGGGUCAUUCUUGACUGCGAACAGGACAAGGUUAAAGACAUCAUGGAGCAGGUGAUAACUAUUGGCAGGCAUGUGAAGGGAUAUCACUACAUCAUAGCAAAUCUAGGAUUCGUGGAUGGAGAUCUUUCAAAAAUCCAAUACGGUGGAGCCAAUGUGUCAGGCUUUCAAAUUGUGGAUUUUGAUGACCCCCUGGUGUCCAAAUUUGACCAGCACUGGGAAGCUCUAGAGGAGAAAGAGUAUCCUGGAGCAGACAGCAAGAUAAGAUAUACUUCAGCACUGACCUAUGAUGCAGUUCAAGUGAUGACUGAGGCCUUCCGCUACCUGCACAAGCAGCGAAUUGACAUCUCCCGUAGAGCAAACAAUGGAGACUGUCUGGCCAAUCCUGCUGUUCCGUGGGCACAGGGGGUGGAGAUAGAACGAGCCCUAAAACAGGUGAGAGUUGACGGUCUUACUGGUAACAUUCAGUUUGACCAAUAUGGAAAGAGGGUAAAUUACACUGUCAACGUCAUGGAACUGAAAAGCAAUGGUGCAGUUAAGAUUGGCUAUUGGAAUGAAGUUGAUAAAAUGGUUGUGACAAAGUCUGAUCUCUUCCCAAAUGAUACAAUGGGACUGGAAAACAAGACUGUGAUCGUCACUACCAUUCUAGAAGCACCAUAUGUUAUGAUGAAGAAGAACGCUGAUCUUUUUAUGGAUAAUGAAAGAUAUGAGGGUUACUGUGUGGACUUGGCAGCUGAAAUUGCAAAGCAUUGUGGGUUCAAAUAUCAGCUAAAAAUAGUUGGAGAUGGCAAAUACGGAGCCAGAGAUGCAGAGACAAAGAUUUGGAAUGGAAUGGUUGGAGAGCUUGUUUAUGGGAAAGCGGACAUAGCAGUGGCUCCACUGACUAUCACCUUAGUCAGAGAAGAAGUCAUUGACUUCUCAAAACCAUUCAUGAGUCUGGGCAUCUCCAUCAUGAUCAAGAAGCCUCAGAAGUCUAAGCCUGGUGUGUUCUCCUUCCUGGACCCUCUGGCUUAUGAGAUUUGGAUGUGUAUUGUGUUUGCCUACAUCGGCGUGAGCGUGGUGCUCUUCCUGGUCAGCCGCUUCAGCCCAUACGAGUGGCACACAGAGGAAUAUGAAGAUGGACAGAUUCAGACCAACGAGUCGACCAAUGAGUUUGGGAUUUUCAACAGCCUUUGGUUCUCGCUUGGAGCUUUUAUGAGACAAGGCUGUGAUAUCUCACCAAGGUCUCUUUCUGGCCGGAUAGUUGGCGGAGUCUGGUGGUUCUUCACCCUGAUCAUAAUUUCAUCCUACACGGCUAACUUGGCUGCCUUCCUGACAGUGGAGCGGAUGGUGUCUCCAAUUGAAAGUGCAGAAGAUUUAGCAAAGCAAACAGAGAUUGCUUAUGGAACUUUGGAUUCUGGCUCAACAAAGGAGUUUUUCAGACGUUCCAAAAUUGCUCUUUUCGACAAAAUGUGGACUUACAUGAAAAGUGCAGAGCCCUCUGUAUUUGUCAAGACCACAGCGGAAGGUGUGAUGCGGGUGAGGAAGUCCAAGGGGAAGUACGCUUACCUGCUGGAGUCCACCAUGAAUGAGUACAUUGAACAGCGCAAACCCUGCGACACCAUGAAAGUUGGAGGGAACCUGGACUCCAAGGGCUACGGCAUCGCCACUCCCAAAGGAUCCUCAUUAAGAAAUGCGGUUAACCUCGCAGUACUAAAACUGAAUGAACAAGGCCUGUUGGACAAAUUGAAAAACAAAUGGUGGUACGACAAGGGAGAAUGCGGCAGCGGGGGAGGUGAUUCCAAGGAGAAGACCAGCGCUCUCAGCCUGAGCAAUGUGGCUGGGGUCUUCUACAUCCUAGUGGGCGGCCUGGGCUUGGCCAUGCUGGUGGCCCUGGUCGAGUUCUGUUACAAGUCCCGGGCCGAAGCCAAGCGCAUGAAGGUGACCUUUUCGGACGCCAUGAGGAGCAAAGCGAGGGUGUCUAUAACUGGGAGUACUGGCGAGAAUGGACGUGUGAUGAGUCCUGAGUUCCCCAAAGCAGUACAUGCGAUGCCCUUUGUUAGACCUGGUGUGGGAAUGAACGUCAGUCUUACUGAUCUCUCCUGAUUGAUAAGAACCUGCCGAGUGCCUUACACAAUGGUUUCUCUCCGGUGUCUCCCUCUACCCGAUCUCCUGCCUUUCUUCGUGGAGGAUGGAGGCCUCAUUUGAUGUCAUAGAGACAUAAUCCGUCCUUGGCCCUUUACAACAAAAGAUGCACUCUCCUAUUGGAAUUACACCAACUAACACAAAGACACUCACUUAUCGAGCUGAUGACAUCUAUUCCCCGUAACGGAUAUUUUUGAUGACAAACUUGACGUGAACGUGAAGCUCACAGAAGCUUUGUGAUGUGCGGGGACAGGAGAAGUCAAUCAAGUACGUCUGUGUUCGUAGCUGACGCCACCCGAUGUCUGUUUCAGCUCAAGCACACUUUAAAUAGUCUGUUUUAUUAAGGAAAUGAACAAAAAAGUCUAUUAAAAAAGUAUUUUUAUGUAUUUUCACAAAAAUGGCUUUUAAAUAAAUCUGCUUACAUACCAGUUACUUAAACCUGUAAACCAUAAUCUCUACAUACUUUUAAGAGCUUAGCUACUAGUUUCACAUUUUGAUGCCAAAUAUGUUGCUUAUAUUGUAAUUUAUUAGUCAUCUAAAGUCUGAUAUAUUCAUUAACAUUUUGGUGUUGAUAUGAAAUAUCUAGCAAUGCUUGACGUUUAAAAUCUGUUUGAAAAGUGGGUGCCGCAGUUGUUAUCUUUCUUUCAUCGACUUGUUUGGUUUUAAGAAUCUGUUCGUACUUUUGUUUUUUAUAACCAGGGUAGCGAUUAUUAUAUUAAAAGAUAAAAUGUUUACAAUAUGAACAUAAAAAAUGAUUUUUAAAAAUGAAAAAGAGAAGUACCUAUUGUAUUAUUGCAUAUGUUUUGCCGUGAAAUGAAUAGAAGCAUACACAUCAACAAAAUGCUCUGUUAAAAAUGCCAAAUAAUUAAGUGUGCCAAAAUUAUUGACAAAUAUAGUCAUAUACUAAUCUGUUAUCUAUGUGAAUGUAAUCAAUACAUUCUGUAAGUUUUGUUAGUAAAAUGUACAGUUGGAUGGUAUACACAGUGAUUUAUCAAGGAUUUUACUUAAUUUAUUAUUAGCUUAUUAGUAAUACUCUUUUCCCCCAUUUUUAAAAAAACAUUUUAGCAUAAGCACCACAAUAUGACAUCAUAUGGCUCAUUAUUUUACUCUGCAUCUUGAAUUUUUUUUUUCAUUUUUUAAUUAAUGCAAAGAAUAUCCAGUUAAAAUAUUCUUUUCUUGUCAGCAAAUUCCGUAUUAAAGGGUAAAGCAUUUGCACUUUUCCUUUAGUGUUUACAGACAAUGUUUAAGAUUUAAGAUGGACACAAUAACAUUUUGUUUGAUAAUAACCAGUUUAUGACAGUAUUUGUUAUAAAAACGAUGACAACCAUAACAGUUAACAUUUUGAUAUUGCAAUAAAAAACAAGUUCCAAAACAAUGUAACAAUGACAUAGAAUUUUGUACGUUUUUAUUUUUUCCCUUUAUUUCCCAGUUUUUCUUUAAUUGUAGGCUGGGGGACAUUCACUGGAUAUCACUUUGAGUUUUAUCAUAAUAUAUAUUGAAUUGUAAUUUUAAGGGCCGCUCUCUCUCUCUACCAUUUUGUAAAUGAAUGUGUGCCAACUUGUUUAUUUUUUGGGAUCCUUUCUAAAUAAAAUCCGACUAAUACUUU